AUAUCUAAUGUAUAAUAUAUCUAGCUAGCUACAUAGUAAAAAUAAAAUUGCUCAAAUGACUCUGCCACAGUGUACUUGCUCCUCUUGUCCCAAUAUUGGUCGCUUGCUCUUCUCUCGCUUUGCUUCUCCUUCAUGGUCACACGUCCUAUGCAAAACCCCUGUCCUUUAGCCUAGCUAAAUUACAGAACGGCCUGCAGGCAAAUGGGUCAAAUGCUGUUGCAGGGCAACAAGAAGUAAAUAUUUAUAUUUCGAUUCGAUUUUUAUGUAAAUGGGUGCCUUAUGAACUUUUGAUCGAAUGAUUCUAAAACUGACUGGCGACAGGAAAAGAAAAGGUAACGUAACUCUGGGCUGGCUAUAAUAGCUAACUAGCUGGACAGAUUUCAUGUUUUGGAAUUUUUUUAGUGACAGCUAACAUGUCUUUUUCUAUGAACAAACUUCCACCAAGGUACGCAGUAUCUGACUGGCAUACUUCAAACAAAAUUUUGUGUACAAAUGCAGAACGUUUAAGAGAUUCCACUCACACAAUUCGGCAAGAGGCCAGGCGCUUACGAAACGAAACAGACAACCAUACAAGGUGGACCCAACACGACAGCAAUACAAAGCUUGAAAAACGAAUUGAUGAUAUAAAUGAAUGGCGCAAAGCUUUAGAAAAAUGUUUGAAUGACAUGGAUAAGGAAAUUGAAGACUUGCAGGCAGAGAAAAAAAGGGUUGAAAUUGCCUUAGAUGCCAAAAAACUUCCACUAGAUAUAACUAUUGAGUGUCUAAUGCUGCGAGAGAAUCGGGAAGGAAUUGAUUUAGUAAGAGAUAAUGUUGAGGAGCAAUUGCAUAAAGAAGUUGAAGUUAUUGAAGGAAUAAAAGCUUUGCUCCAACAGAAAGUAACAGAAGCAUUUGAACAGUUAUGUUUGUUACAGGAAGCAAGACACCAACUACAUUGUGAUUUAACUGACAAAUAUUAUGCACUGGGAAUUGAUGAAUAUUGUCAUCAGCUUAACAACCAGUCUUCAGAUAUUGCUUUCCAAACAAAUCCCACACGCACUUUAAAAGGAAGUGUUACCCCUGAAACAUGGAAUGCAUUUUCACAGUAUAAUAAACAUAGAGGUGAAGCAGAAAUGAAGGUUUCUCAACAUUUGAGAGAAGCCAUAUUUGCUACUUUAGAAAAAACAAAAAAUGACCAGGAAGCACAGAGAAAAGCAACAGAGUAUGAAUUUAGAAAAAGGCUACAUGAGACUAGUCAAGCUAAAAACGAGCUUGAGUGGCAACAAAAAAAUACAAAAGAGGAGAUUGCAACAUUGGAACAAGACAUUGUUGCAUUAAAGGAGGCCAUUGAAGCAAAAAUGGCUCCAAUGAAAGUUGCUCAAACUCGCCUGGAGAAACGCACCGAAAGAAGAAACAUAGAAUUGUGCCGUGAUAUUCCCCAGUACCAAUUGUGUUAUGAGGUUGGCGAAAUUGAAGGUUCAAUUCAAGCGUUAAAUGAAAAGUUACAAGUCGCCGAAGCUGGUUUAAGAAAUUUACAUCGCGAUUUAGGUCGAAUUGAAAAUGACUUAGGCGUGAAAACCUUAUCUUUAGGAUUAGAUAACCAGUGCAUGGAUGCACGUGCUAAACUAGUUUCUGGCGAAUUGCAGUUAUUGCGCGCUCCAGAAGCGACAUCAUAUAAAUCUCCUCAGGUUACGCCUACACACGACAAAAGUGAGGUUCACAGUAUACGCGCGUCCCCUGUAACCGACACAGAAAGCAUGUUUUAUCCCGCCACUUUAGAACUCAGCGAUGCUUACGCAGUAAACAAUAAUCAGAUGAUGAAAUCAACAUACAACGUAGAUUAUGAAGAAUUCAAGAGUAAACGGUCUGGUGAUCUACAGAGAACCCUGGGACGGCCAACUGAAAUGAAAGAUCGUACAGUCAUCUUUGCAUAAACUGCAACUUAAAGCGUAAACCAUACAUGUACAUUAUAAUUUUUUGCUAAUUUUAAACUAAAUCUAUUUUUUAAUUGAUUUUGUUUUAUUUUAUUUUUUAUUCUCUAUUUUGAUUAAAAAUAUUUUGUUAGGUAAGUAUUUUUUAUGCAUAUACACUGGGGAAUGAUAAAGUGGAGAAUGUUUUUUUCUCAAAAUUAUAUAAAUACAACAAACAAACAA